AUGACAGGAUUGAUCACUGCCGGCCAUUGCCUACCCCUGCCUUUGUUUCAAAAACGAAGUCCUCAAUCAAAUACUGGCAGUUUGGAUACUUGGGCAAGCUCUUCUGUGGAAUUGGAUCAAGGGUAUCACUUGCAACUGGCCUUUUGGUACGCUAGACGUGAUGCCAAGAUUUUUGGCCGCACAUGGGUCAGCAGGGAAGCUGCUGCCGCCAAGCUCCCAUCUUACACAUGGAACCCAGAUACCGACUAUGCGAGGUGUUUCCUUCACAAGGUUUCCUCAACUGUCAAGCGUGGCCUUCAGGAGCUAGGGCGCACAACUCCAUCACAAGCUCAGCAACGUGAAUCUUUACUUGGUGUAUUUCCAAUUCCUGGAACGUUACCAGUCAUUGCCAAAGAAGAGGACAGCAAAUCAACAGAAGUUAUCGUCAUAGACCCAGAAGAUGAAGAUAAUGAUUUACCUUUACCUGAAUCAUGA